CUUGAAGUUGAUCACGCGCUGGACAGAAUGCUGUUCUCAGGAUGAAAGUUGAACCAAGUCUUCCCAUUAUCCUAGGUACUUCGACAUUCAGGGGGAAUGCUCUGCAAGCCCGUGUAGUAUUCAACUUUACAUCAAAAGGGUGCUUUCUUGCUCUGAUUAGUGCAGCAUGGUAGCCGUCGAGUCACGCAUUCGCUUCUGAGUCGAUCAAAGGUGCGCAACUUUCACCUUGGAAAAGCACCUAGCGCUGGCAUGCUCUCCUGCAUUGAUCAACAUGGCGUCCCUGAUCCGCCAAUUGUGGCCAUCUGUUUCCUGCCAUGCCUGGAACAGCGAUCAGAGCAUGCUGGCGGUUUGCCCAAACAGUAAUGAGGUUCACAUCUUCCGUGUGCCGCCAGGGAGCGUUUCAGGAAGCGAAUUGGAAAGGAUACAUGUUCUGAAGAAUCAUGAUCAGCUGGUGUCCGGGAUUGACUGGGCGCCAAGUUCAAAUUGCAUUGUGACUUGUUCACAUGACCGGAACGCAUACGUGUGGAACUUUGACGGCAAGGAGUGGCAGCCCGUGCUGGUGAUUCUACGGUUGCAACGGGCCGCCACCUCAGUCAAGUGGAGCAGCAAGGAGAACAAGUUUGCAGUGGGGAGCGGGGCCAAGAGCGUCUGCGUGUGCUACUACGAACAAGAAAACAACUGGUGGGUGUCGAAACUGAUACGGAAGAAGCACAGCUCCACAGUCCAGAGCGUGGCGUGGCACCCCAACAACGCGCUCCUGGCCACCGCAAGCACCGACUUCAAAUGCAGAAUCUUCAACGCCUUUGUCAAGGGCGUGGACGCGAAGACGGACGCGGUUGGAGACACCAAGUUCGGGGACGUUCUGAUGCAGAUUGACUCGGCAAGCGGCUGGGUCCAUGAUGUCGACUGGUCCCCGUCCGGAGAGAAGCUCGCCUUCACCGCCCAUGACUCGUCCCUCCACGUCAUUGACAUCGGCGCAGGGACACCGGUCCAAACAGUCUCUAUGAAAGAGUUGCCGCUGCGGGCGGUGUUGUUCCUAUCGGAAACGCGGCUCGUUGCGGCGGGCUACGACAACGUCCCGUUUCUUUUCGGCCUGAAUGACAGCGGGUCUUGGUGCCUGCUGAAAAACUUGGACGAGCCGAAGGCUUCUUCAGCGGAGAAGUCGGGCUCCACGUUUUCGUCCGCCUUCGAAAAGUUUAAGGGGCAGGGUGCGCCGACCGACAGCCUGGAACCGCUCAAGCCCCCCGCCACUAUCCACGAAAACUGUAUCACGACUUUACAAGCCCUGGGACCGGCGGGCUACUCAAGUACGACGCGAUUCAGCUCUUCGGGUCUUGAUGGCAAAGUCGUAACCUGGGAGUUGAAGGGCGUUCUCGAGGGGGUGUCGGGAUUAAAGCUAUGACCUUGGCUGCCGUGUACAAUAUGGGAUCUAAACAAGCUAAUGGAAAGCGGGCUCACAGUCGAUUCCUACAUGUCAUACUUUGUGUCUUGCGGCAACCUUGAUGAUAACAAGUAGAUGCGGAUCGAUAGAGCACGUCUGCGCCGGCGUCUUGCCAGGUGCGCGUGUGACUUCACGCCAUGCCAGGCGCAAAGGUGGGGGUAUUGCAUCCCAAACAUGCCCAAUUCUCGACCGAAUAACUUUCUCUCGGACUGCUGAGUUGGACUAUGCAAACCGCCGCAGAAUGGUACAGACUCACGUGACGAUCCAGUCACGUGCACAUGUGGGCGCCAACUCCGCACUUUGAUCAGAUUACUAGAUGUAAGUAGAGAAUGAGCUUGCAGAAACAUCCGAAAUAUAUAUCUGAUCGUUCGAAAUAACAGUAGACACUGGACAGGUAGCACCUUGGAUCUAAGUUCAGACUAUGCCAACCUCCGGCCCGAAUUAUUUUUAC